CCUGAAUGACCUCCAUCGCUAUAUGGUUUCGACUUUUUACGUUUUUCUACUGCAGGCAGUUUGGGUGUAAGCGUAAAAUAAAUCGGUAACGUUGUUCAAAAAAAUGGACCCAAAUUUAGAAUACUGGCAUCACAACGGGAAGUCUUUCCUAAGCAGACUGCGCAUCUGGUUGAAUAUUCUUGACCCCAGCUCUCUCCUGUCCUCUGAUGCUGAAAUUGAAAACGCUCGUUCUCUGAUUAGAAGAGAAGGGAAUCAGCAGAACAAUGAAAAGGUCUCCAGUGCCUUGAAGCUUUCUCUUAGCUCUGUGCAUGCUGAUACUGGAGAGCCGAUUUCCAUUGUGUUUCGUCCACAAGCUUUUCUGCCUGUAGCGGCACCUUUGGUCAUAGCAAGCUUUUUGCCACAUAAAGGAGUGACACCUGCCUUGUUUUGGCAGUUUAUGCUACAGAGCUACUCUGCAGGUUUCAACCAGGCUAACAGAAAUGCAACAGCCUCGCCGGACAAUAAGCCCUCAAUGAAACAGGCUCUUCUGAUCACUGGAACAGUGGCGUAUUCAACACUUACAGGGGCUCUUCCUCAAAUUUUAAUCCAGCGCCUAGCAGUCAGCAGUCGUUCAGCUCAGGCCUUCUGUAGGUCAGUGCUGCCUGUUCCUCUGUCAGCUUGUUUGGCUGCCUUUAGUGUCUUCGUGGUGAGAAGUGAGGAAUCAGAGAAUGGUAUAAAAGUCUAUGACUGCAAUGGAAAUGCAGUUGGAAUCUCAAAGGAAGCUGGAUUUAAGGCCGUAAAGGAGACAGCUAUAUCUCGAGCAACUCUUUUUGGUACCACUGCAGUUGUUCCUAAUCUACUUGUCCUCAUUCUCAAGAGGACAAAGUUGGCCCAAAGAAACACACUGAUGCUUGCUCCAGUUAGACACAUCAGCACUGCAGUUGUCCUUGGCUUGAUGAUCCCUGCGUCUUUCAGUCUGUUUCCACAACUUGGCAAGAUUAAAAAGGAGCACGUAGAAAAAGAGCUGCAAAGUUUAACAGAUGAUGGGGAGCUGUUUUACCACAGAGGACUCUAACAGACCUUAAAGACCAGCACUCGCAACAUUUAUAUCAUAUCAAGUGAGCUUCCUAAGUGAGAUUCCUAAUGAGCUUCUGUAUGGAAACCUGACUGAAAAAAUACUAUUUUGAAAGUAGUACUGAUUACACCGAGUACUGAUUGCUGCCUUUGCACAUGCAGUUCAUCUGAACAAAUGUAACACCCCACUACACUUUCAGUGGCGUAUACCAAGUUUAGUGGAAUUACUGAAACCGCAGCACUUUUUUCAGGACUGUGCUGGUAGUUUGGUCUGCACUGUUCUCAGCACUGUAGAUGAACUGCGAUCACUGAUGCAGCACUGCUCGUGUACAGCCAUAUUCUCAAUUAAUGUCAAACAAGCAGUACAUAAUAAAACCAUAACUCUUGGGAAA